UUCUCUACGACGUCCCCCCUCUUUUGCUCACCAUCGCGCCGUGAAGUAGAUGUUUUGGUGAAAAUACACGGUGUCAAAAAGGGACGAAAAUACGUUUAAAACAUGACAUUUCGACCGAGUGGAACCUAAAGCUGUGUAGCGGGGGAAAUAAGGAGGUUUUCAGCGAAUGUUUCGGGUUAUCUUUUUUGUCGUAUUCUUCCGCAUGUCCGCUUUCUUCGUAGAUGGUCUCCGGCGAGCGUUGUCUGGCGGCGGACGACGAGGUGUCGAAAAAUAAUAUGAAGGAGAUGAUCGGCGGGUGCUGUGUUUGCUCUGACGAGAGAGGCUGGGCGGAAAACCCGCUUGUGUACUGCGACGGACAUGGCUGCAAUGUCGCCGUGCAUCAAGCCUGCUAUGGCAUUGUGCAGGUGCCCACAGGUCCCUGGUUCUGCAGAAAGUGUGAGUCUCAGGAGAGAGCGGCCCGCGUGAGAUGUGAGCUGUGUCCCCACAAAGAUGGAGCUCUGAAGAGGACAGAUAACGGAGGCUGGGCCCAUGUUGUUUGCGCCCUUUACAUACCUGAGGUGGAAUUUGCCAAUGUGUCUACUAUGGAACCGAUAGUUCUCCAGUCUGUGCCUCACGAGCGCUACAACAAGACAUGCUAUAUCUGUGAGGAUCAGGGCAGAGAAAGUAAAGCAGCCACUGGGGCAUGUAUGACCUGCAACAAACAUGGCUGCCGGCAGGCCUUUCAUGUCACAUGUGCCCAGUUUGCGGGGUUAUUAUGUGAGGAACAAGGAUCAGACGCAGACAACGUCAAGUACUGUGGAUAUUGCAAAUACCACCACAGCAAAUUGCGAAGGAGCAGGGGCCGUGGUAGUAGGUCUCAAAGAUUAAGUGACUCUUCCACUCAGUGUAUGGAUAGACCCCAAGACACGGACGAUAAGAAACACAAGGAGCGUGACAGGCACAAACCGAAACACAAGAAGACCUCCAUGGACAUGUCUCCCUCCCUCGUCCUUCCCAACAUCAUGGUCCCAGAAAAGCCCUACAACAGCAGCAGCUCUGGAGGAGGAGUCCCUUCCCUGCCAGCAUCCUCACAGAAACGGCUGGACGAUGGCAGCGCCCGUUUUACCAACGCCAACUUUCAGGAAGUUUCGUCCGUUCACUCCGGCAGCAGCUCCAAAGACGGCUUAGCUGCAGAUGUCGGGAAGGUGGCAUCUGAGGUUAAGAGCAAGAAGAACAGCGGGGCGACUCAUGCCGUGGGACAGAGGGGCGGCCGCAAGUCGCUCACCUCCUCAGGGAAACCCCUACCCUCCGCUGUGGUCACCAUGGCAACUUCUUCCACAUCUGCCUCUGCUUCCACUGGGCCGUUCCACCAAGGGCUUCUGUUGACGAGUGCCAGCAAGACGGCGUCAGCCUCUUCCUCCUCAGACUUCUUAAGUUUCUCAGAUCCAUCCUUGCGUCCAGGGGGCGGGACAACCUUUUCCUCCCCGCCGUCUUUCAGCAGCUGCCUUGUUAAGCCAAGCUCAGAGGGCGGAACGUCAGAGGGAACCACAACACUUUUUGGUUCUCUUAUGUCCGCCACUACAGCAUCUGCAGUGGGCGGGAAGCUGUAUGAGAAUUCCCACAGUCACACAACGAGCGAGACGACAAGCCUCAGUGGGUCCACUGGCUACAAACGGCCCCCGCCCUCCAGCUCAGGGCCGGGGAUCGGAGGAGCCGCCGCCGGAGGAGGGGAGGACGGGGUGAAAAAGAAAAAGAAGGGCAACUGGCGAAACAGAUUUGGACCUUGCUUUGCCACUGAUGUGAAGCCUUUGGAGCCGGCUCCCUCCCUGACUCUCGCCGCCUCCUCCACUGCCAACACCUCCUCCUCCACUGCCUCCCCUGCCACCUCUACAUCCUCAACGCUCUCAGGCCGGCCAGGCUUGGUUUCCAGCAGUGGAUUAGGGCUGGGGGUGGUGGGAGGAGGAGUAGAGAGGGGGCUGGGGGUCAUGGGGGUCAGUGGUGGGAUUCAGAAGUCCCCAUCACUCCUCAGGAAUGGGAGUCUACAAAACUGCGGCUCCACAACCACUGGUCCAGGUGGUGUUUUCUCUUGUGCGGAUGCGUCGUCGUCAGGGACGGGAGCUGUCGCUGUGGGUGGAGCCACUUCUGAGUUGUCACAGCAACAGCAGCCCACACCUUCGCUGGCCCCUCCCUCUCCGUUCACUGCCACCGCGCCGCUAACCAGCACAGCCUCCCCACAUGUGAGCGGUCUGCCGGGCUCAGUCUUCAACCUUGCCCCCUCCCACAUGUUUGGAAACCGGCUCAACCCAAACUCUGCCAUGGCAGCUCUCAUCGCCCAGUCCGAGGCCUCGCCAGCAGAUCAGGAGGUGGGUGACGGCAGCAGCGGCGUCGGAGCUCAAGGCUUCUCCAUAAGAGCUUCUCCAAAGACCACCCCGCGCUCUCCCAUUGGUGGCCUGCAGAUCCGCUAUGACUCCUCGGGGUCGUUGCCGGGGCCAGGGUUGCUAGGGGCGGGGGGAGGCGGAGGAGAGGCGCUGCCCCCGGUGGCCACCAGCAUAGAGCAGCUCCUGGAGAGGCAGUGGAACGAAGGGCAGAACUUCCUGCUGCAGCAGGGAGCGCAAGGAGACGUGGUGGGUAUGUUGAAGUCGCUCCACCAGCUGCAGGAGGAGAACAGGAGGCUGGAGGAGCAGAUCAAAACUCUGACCAUGAAGAAAGAGAGACUGCAGCUCCUCAGCGCUCAGCUUUCAGUGCCUUUCACCCCAUCCACAGGCUCCUCAGAUGUGAAAGGAGCCACUGACUCAUCUUUACCUGCUGCAGCUCAGGACAGCACAUCAUGCGGCGGCCACAGCAGCAGCGGCUCCACCUCCUCUCUCUCCACCCCUCCCUCCGUCUCGCAGAGCCCGCCCCAGCCUCAGCUGAACGGCGUCCCUGCUAUGGGAACGACCCCGGCUGGCCUUGGUGGGGUUGCAGGGCUGAUGGGUGCUCUGGGUGCAGGAAGUACGCUGGGUAUGGGAAUGGUCGGGGCGUUGAACGGGGUGAUCCAGGCGCCAGGGGGCACAGCCAGCCCUCAUACACACACUACAGCAACAGGUGUCACAAUACCUGUUAGUAACAGCUCAACAACUAGUAAAAGCAGGCUCGGUCUGCUGUCAGAGCAGCAAAGACUUUUUCUGCAACAUCACCAGCUCCAGCAGCUGCUCGCCUCACAGCCUUCAGCGGAGCAGCAGCAGGUGUUGCUCUACCAGCUGAUGCAGCAGCAGCAGGACCUCCAACAGCUGCAGUCCCUGUCCUCCUCUGGCCAGAUUCCCUCCAUCCCGCUGUCCUCUGCUCAGAUGCCCAUUAACAACCUGCUGCCCAAUUCCCAGAGCCAGGGCCAAAGCGCCAUCACCGCCAACCCCUUCCUGGCUCUGCAGCACACACACGGCGACACGCACGCCCCGGGGGCACAGAAGCAGCGGCUCGCCGAGAAGGCCGUGGGUGUCGCGGGGCAGGAGAAGACAUGAUGGCAGAUGCUCUUUUGGUUGUUUUUUAUUUGUAUUUUUCGGAAACUAAAUAUGCAGAGUUUUCGAGGAUAUCGGACUGUUGGUCAACUUUGUCGUUCAGUAACAGCAGAAAACACCGACAGCAGAGAAACCUGUUUUUCUAUUCAGUCGUCUGUGCUCAUUCAUCAUCGCACAUUUUAGCGAGUGAUGCGUUCACUUGCAUUCGACCUCGCCAGGUUUAUUUUUACAACUUUUUUUCAGGUUAGAGUCUUAACACAGCAUUGUGUUAUUUUUUUUUACUAUUUAUUUCCAUCCAGUUUUCAGUUGUUGUUUUUUUAGCUUUAGUGCUGCUUCAGGUUCAGAUUUUUCACUGUUAACAUAAUGACUUUCAUUUGAUGUCACUGGUAGCAUCUUAGUGUUAGUGUUGGUAAAUAAGCACAUGGUGUGGCUGUUCUUGUCGCAACACUUAAAUUACUUUAAAUAUAGUCUUCUCUAAUCAUCAUUCAGUUUCUUCUUUGCCUUUCCACGGUCUCCUCUCUUGAACAUGUGUCUCAUCUUCCACACUCACAUCCCUCUCUGUCUGCUCUCUCUGCUGUCUCACUCUCUCUCAGGGGCCUCAGCUAUCAGCACACAAGCUAGCAAACACACAGAACUACAGACCUUAAAAGGAAAAGUAGCUGAAAUACAUAAAUAUAAAAAAAAUAUUAAAAAGAAAACUACAAUACCCAACCACAGGACUUAACAGAAGCAGAUCUAUGUUUGACAUCUGUGAAGCGGUCCCUCGGGGGAAACGUUGGUUGAGAGGCUUGUGAAAACAUCCCUCACGUUCUCGCCUCUCUUCCUGUCUUUCUUUCACUCCGCUUGUGUGGAUCCUUUAAUGUCAGUGAGCCAAGACUCGAACACGGUCACCGCAGAAGCCUUGCUUUUUGACUGUCUCUUCUCUGGGCCAGAAACAGGGGGCUCACUCAGGGAAGUGAAGUGUUAAGAAGAUAUUUUAAAAAAGAAGAAGAAAACCCGCUAGUUGAAUGUUUUGAUGGAUGUAUUUAUCCACACAGCACAAGCUCACAAAGAGAUAUUAUGCAGUUGGUUAUCAGCUGAUGGAAGUUGUCACAUUUCAUCUUCCUGAUUGAGCCCCCCGCUGCACCUACCUCUCGAGCAGGACCAGCCUAUCAGGACCUAAAAGGCCGACAGCAGCAGCCGCUAAAACACACAAACAAACAAAAACAAAG